AUGGAUCGACAGCCACUGGCACGGAACCAUGAUGACUACCGGAAAGCUACUGAUGUGGAACUCACAGAAAACAUCGGACUCCCUCUGAAACUGCUUGAAAAUCACGAACCUUGGCCAGCCUAUGUCACAUAUACUUCGCCGGCAGUGAAGAGACUCAUUGACAAAAGCCGAGUCCGAGAGCUGGAGUGCAUGCAUGCUGCUGAGGAAAACCAGAAGCCAAAGAGACUGAGCAAACCUAAUUACAUGCAGCUGAAAAGGAAGAAGUCAUCCAAGUCCUCAGAAAUCGUGAAGGAUGCCCCGUCAGACGCCAGGCUAUCCACACGGGAACUUUACUCUGCAACAAACAUUGCUCCCAUAAUCCUAGAACCUACACAAUCACAAUUGGAAGUCAGAGAGGGUCCCACAUCAAACUACAACAAGAUUAUUUUCUCCAGGAGGCCUGUGAUGUGGAAGCUCCCCUAUGGCUUGCUACAGUCCAGCCAGGAGAUGCAUGCAAAGGUCCCUGCAGCCACCCCCUGA